AGGCUGGGCUUUAGGACCUUGGAGUGGCCCUAGCAAAGCCCCAGUCUUCCUUCCUUUCUUAUUCCAUUGUUGUUGUUGCUGUUGCUGCUUCACGAAGAAGAAAGAGACAGGGGGGCAGGUGUGUUCAGCCAAUGAGAGCAGCCCGAGCCCCAGGGCUGCGCAGGUAGAGAGCCAAGAGAGACGGGCUCAGUGUCACAGAUUCAGACUCGUGCAGGGAGCCGGGUGGACGAGGCGCCACUGCUGGGAGGAGACAAGAGGACCGGCGCGCAGAAGCAGAAGAGGAAGGAAAAUAAAAGAGCGUUUGGGCUUUGGGCCGGUUUUUUGGGGGGAAGAAACGACUCACUAAUGCCUUGAUUUAUCAUCACCAUCGUUAUUUUUCUUCUACUAAGACGAGCUCAGACCCGUUGGUCUUGCCUACAGGGCGAAGGGAUGGGGACGUACACAGAUGUGAAAGACCAGUUUGCACCUCACGGGAGCCAGGAUCCGGGGAAGGACUUCCACAUCAUCCAGGACAUGGAGCUGAAGGAGGAGUGGCAGGACGAGGAGUUCCCCAGGCCUCUUCCAGAAGACACGCAGAGCCCAGGAGACGAGCCGGACAGCCCCACAGGAGAGGAGGGCAAACCAGCGCCGCCCAGCAGCCUGGCUCUCUCGGGGACCCGGCACGGCAAGAGGCGCCUGGUGGCGCCGGCCCUCAGCCUGACGCUGGACCGCGCCAACUCCACCGUGUCGGACGAGUUCGCCACGGCCACCCUCUCGCCCUCGCCCGACGAGGACUUCGACAUCAACCUGGAGGACCUGGAGACGCCCUCCGACAGCGAGUCCUGGACCUUCCCGGAGAGCACCCACGACUUGGAGUGGGAGGACGACCUGCCGCGGGCGGGCCGCAGGGAGGGGGCGGCGGCGUCCGGAGCAGCGGCGGCGGCCAGCACGCCGGUGAUGGAGCAGGCGGAGGAGGGGCAGCUGGACCUGGACGAGGUGGACAGCCGCGGCAGGAAGUGGCGGGUGUUCCGCACCGCCGGGCAGGAGCACCGCGUGGACAUGAGCGUGCUGGAGCCCUACCUGCGGGUGCUGUCCCACGGAGGUUACUACAGCGAAGGGCAGAACGACAUCAUCGUGUUUUCCUCCUGUUACCUCCCGGAGAACAGCGUCGACAGCUACGAAUACGUCAUGGAGAACCUCUACAGGUACAUCAUCGGGACCCUGGACCUGAUGGUGUCGGAGAACUACAUCAUCGUCUACCUGAACGGCAUGUCUCCGCGCAGCAAGAUGCCCCCCCUGCGCUGGCUGCGCCAGUGCUACCAGACCAUCGACCGGCGGUUAAAGAAGAACCUGAAGGGGCUGCUGGUGGUUCACCCCUCCUGGUACAUCAGAGCCCUGAUCACCGUCUUCAAGCCCUUCAUCAGCGCGAAGUUCACCCGCAAGCUGCGGUUCAUGAGCAGCCUGCGCGAGCUGGCGGAGUACAUCCCCAUGGACCACGUGGAGAUCCCGGACUGCAUCCGACAGCUGGAUGAAGAGCUGCACAGGCCCAGGGGCAGCUGGGACUGACGCCAUGGACACUUCUGUGGAGCUGUAUAUAAGACUGGGGGUUUGGGUUCUGCUGGGUGUAUUGUCUCAGGGGGCUCCUGGUACCCCACUCGGGGCCAAGCUUCUGCUGCCAGGCCGGUUCCGGGGACCUUGCGAAGGGCCUGCAGGCUGCUGGAUCGGGGUCCAAUCGGAACAGCGCCGCCUCGCGUGCCACCUCUCCCCAGCCCUUCCUGUGCGUCAGCCGUGCGCCGGCGAGGUUCGGGGUCACCGGGUCUCCUCUGGCCCCAGGGGGUUCGCACUCAGAGUCUCUUACGCUGUUCCAGUCGAGACCCGGCUGAGCUCGUCUCGCACUCCCCCUGCGCUCAGGAGCGUUCGUGAUUUGAGGGGACCGACAGCCGCGUCCAUGUGGGGUACCCUGUUCCCGGGGGGCUCGGAGGGAGGCCCAGGCUCCGGCUGGUGAGGGCUGGAAUGGGGCAGGCCCGCUGGGUGUUGUAAUCGGAACACGGGUGCGAGCGUGGGCACGCGGGCGUGGAGACGCCUCAGGGAGAGAGGGCCUGGCGCUCCGGGUGGCUGGAGCGGGAGAAGGGAUGAGAUCCCCGGAACGUUCCUCUCCGCUUCCCCGCCGUGCCCUUUGCCACGCCGGCUCCAGGCUGGAGAGGAGGAGCAGGGGCGUGGGGGCGUGGCCGGGGCAGGGGCAGGGGCUCCACUCCCUGAGCCGGUUCGUGUCCUGAUCAGGCCGGACAAGGGUACCCCAGAAACGCCUGGACCCCCGGAGAGCUCCUCUCCCGCGAGGCGUGUGCUGUAGGGCAGGCCGGCUCGGUUUUCCCCUCCACUGUGAUCGCUGAUGCCCGGACCCCUGGACCCCACAGCCUGACCCCCCGGUCACGCUCGGCGCCAUCGGGAGAGUUUCCCGCAGGACAGUCCUCUCCUCGAUCGAUGAUGCCUGAAUCCCUGCUCACGCUGGCCUGUUUCAUCCCCAGAGUUCAACAGGAUCAGUGGACCUCCUGCAGACACGGGAGGUCAGCCCCCCCAGCUCCUUCUUGUACCUGAGUCUGCUGCUGCCUCCUGCGGCCCUCCCUCUGCUCUGCAGGGGACAGGGGGCUUAAGUGCAGUUACAGAGGGGGGGUCGGACCUGUACUUUUAACCUUUGUAGAAAAGUGCCUUCCUGAGAUCUUUUUUUUUUUUAGAUUUUUUCUUUCUUUUUGUAAUAAACACAUUUAAAGUCA